AGAGAGGGGACCACUAAACGGGGUGGAGUCAUGCUGGCUUUCAAGUGUUUCCCUUCCGUAUCAACAGUCAGAAAAUAAAUCCGAACUGGGAGAAGUGGCUGUGCACCACGCACCCGGCCAAACACCAGGAAGCAAACUACGCAAGAUGCCAAGUACCCUCCUACGUUUUCAGCCAAACUAAAACAUUAGUGUCACGAUGAUUCUGCAUCAGAUUCUGCAGCUUUCUUCCAUUUUUCGCUCUGCUGUUUCCACUCACUUGCGCAGAAACAUAGGGCUUUCUGCUAUUGUCUUUAAUAAGACAAAAGAGCUCGAUCCAGUUCAGAAGCUCUUCUUGGACAAGAUCAGAGAAUACAACACAAAGACCAAGCAAGCUGGAGGGCCUGUUGAUGUAGGCCCUGAAUUUCAGAAAGACAUGAAUGAAUCCCUUGCUAGACUUCAACGAGCUUAUGGUGAAGGAGAUCUAACGAAGUUUCCAGAAUUUAAAUUUGAGGAGCCCAACUUUGAGGAGACUCCAAAGUGAUCUCUGCAGGUUGUACACCAGACAGCAGUGUACAUCAGUGGAGGUGCUGAACAUGGCAUCAGUUGUAACUUAAUAAAUGCAGUGUUUCAGUUUGA